AUGGCAACUACCAGGCUACGAAAGAGGUACUGCCUACUAACAACCCAGGGCUCUAACCAAUUCUGGCUCAAGUUUACCAUCAAACCAGCAUCUACUAAGCGGAAGCUUGUAGCCACCACUCUCGCCUUCGCCCUCAUUAAUAUCCUGUCGGUGAUAUGGAUCAGAAAAGGAUUGUCAUUAGAUCGAAAUAUGGGCAACCUGUUGAUUUUAGCCAUCUUCGUCUCUAGUCUUCUGAUCUUGAGAAGACCACCUGUUGAAUCAUUUACAGUCUACCGAAACUACGGGCUACAGGUCACCAAGGUGAAGGGUUUACUAAUCCUGCCCGAUGCCUGGAACCGCCGGUGGAUGGCACAGGGUAAAUUUAUACCAAGAGAUCAGAUCCUCGAUAUCGUGAUCAAUGAAGGUUUCGUCAGAGGUUUCCAAGUCGUUUUCUACUUGGCAGUCAUCGUUAAAGAGUCAAAGAGAUUAGAGUUACUUUUCCCGGUAUGUUCUACAUGUUUUCAACAAUUCUAA